CUUGUCAGUUGAUCAAAGCGGCACAGCGUGUUGUUUUCAUAAUUUACCACCACAUAAACGCGUUUCACAAUCAGUGAAGUGUGUAUUGUAAGUAAUAUUAUAUGCAAUAUUGUACUUAAAUUAAAUGUUUAAAGGCAUAUCCCGAUCCUUUAACUUUUUAUAUAAAAACCAAUUUCAAAUCUCAAUUUGUCAUAAAGGGCGCCUGUACAGUAAGAUUGACAAAAUGAAGAUCGGUACUCAUGAUGGAGUCUUUCAUUGCGAUGAGGUAUUCGCUUGUUACAUGCUCCGUUUGCUGCCUGAGUACAAAGAUGCUGAGAUCAUUCGAACCAGAGAUCCCGAAAAGCUUAAAGAAUGUGACAUAGUUGUUGAUGUUGGUGCAGAAUUUGACCAUGCAAAGAAGAGAUAUGAUCACCACCAAAGAGAAUUCAAUGAGACCUUAAGCUCCUUGAGGCCUGAACUGGGUGAUAAAUUUAAAAUCAAAUUAAGCUCAGCCGGCCUUAUAUACACAUAUUAUGGUGAAAGGAUCAUUCAAGAAUUAGCACCUAAAGGCUUUUCUCUCGACCAAGACAAUGUAAGACUUAUUUAUAAAAAGGUAUAUGAAUUUCUAAUUGAAGAAAUGGAUGCGAUAGAUAAUGGUGUUCCCAUGACGGAAGAGGAGCCGAAAUACAAGAUUCACACUCACCUGAGUGCUAGGAUUCAUCGGCUAAACCCCGAGUGGAACUCAUCAUUAGAGAAAAAUGUGGAUGAGAAAUUCCAUGCAGCUCUCACUUUAGUCAGCGAGGAAUUUAUGUACAUGGUUAAUUAUUUCAUGUCAAUCUGGCUACCGGCCAGGCAGUGUGUGCAGUCAGCUAUAGAAGAGAGGUUUGAUGUACACGAAUCUGGACAAAUAGUUGAAUUCAAAGAUCGUUUCCCAUGGAAAUCACAUCUACAUGAUAUAGAAGAGGAUUUGGGUAUUAAAAAUGAAAUUAAAUAUGUUGUGUUUCAAGAUAAGCCUGAUUCAUACAGAGUUCAGGCUGUUCCGGUGACUCCUAGCAGUUUUAUAACAAGAAAACCACUUUUAAAGGAAUGGUGGGGAGUUAGAGAUGAACUCCUCAGUGACGUUGCUGGGAUACCGAACUGCAUUUUCUGUCAUAGCACUGGUUUCAUUGGCGGCAACAAAACAAGGGAUGGAGCAUUAAAAAUGGCUUUAAUAAGCCUGAAGUCGGACAAUGUUGAAUAAAUUUUACUCAUCUACCCUCUU